AAGAUAAAACUGUACAGAGCAGGAAAAGUUCAGUUGGAUCGGUAAACAGUUUUCUAAACGAUUCUUAUCAAUAAAAAAAAUAAUUAACAUUUAUAAAAACAAUUAAUUAACCAAAUUGAUUUCACACUUCGAAAGUAAGAUAAGGAAAAGAAAAGUCUUGUGCUCGUGUAAAAUAUAUCAGAACCUUGACUUUUAUCGAUAUCCACAGGUUUGGAGGUGUUAAACUACCCCAAGGCAACAAAAUGGAUGCCCCAAAGACAUCAGACAUCAUAAUAUUGGCUGGCAACUCUCAUCCAGAGUUAGCUAAUUUGAUAGCGAAACGGUUGGGGGUACAAAUUGGUCAGUGCUCCAUUUAUCAUAGGAGCAACAGAGAAACUAUGUUUCAGAUUGGAGACUCAGUUAGAGGGAAGGAUAUUUUUAUUAUCCAGACUGGAACAAAAGAUGUAAAUAAUAACAUAAUGGAAAUGCUAAUAAUGGCCUACGCUCUUAAAACAUCAUCAGCCAAAUCAAUUGUUGGUGUCAUCCCCUACCUACCAUAUAGCAAACAGUGUAAAAUGCGAAAGCGUGGGGCAGUAGUAACAAAACUGGUGGCCCAAAUGAUGGUUAAAGCUGGGAUGACCCAUAUUAUCACCAUGGACCUCCAUCAAAAGGAGAUUCAGGGCUUCUUUGACUUGCCUGUGGACAACCUGAGGGCUAGUCCUUUCUUGCUGCAAUACAUUCAAGAGAGUAUUCCAGAUUAUAGAAAUGCAGUUAUAGUGGCCAGAAACCCAGGAUCGGCUAAAAAAGCCACUUCGUACGCUGAGAGAUUACGUUUGGGGAUUGCCGUUAUUCAUGGGGAACAAAAAGAAUCUGAUGCAGAUGAGGUGGAUGGAAGGUAUUCUCCACCAACUGUACCAAAAUCCCGUACUAUGGAUGCUGGGGUUGGGGUACCAAUUCAUAUUGCCAAAGAAAAGCCGCCAAUAAAUGUUGUCGGGGAUGUGGGAGGUAGAAUUGCCAUUAUGGUGGACGAUAUGAUUGACGACGUGAAAUCCUUCGUUGCAGCAUCAGAGGUCCUAAAAGACCGCGGCGCAUAUAAAAUUUACGUUUUGGCUACACACGGUCUGUUAUCAUCUGACGCUCCCAGACUUAUUGAGGAUUCUCCUAUAGAUGAAGUUGUGGUCACUAACACCAUUCCUCACGAGCUCCAAAAGAUGCAGUGCCACAAAAUCAAGACCGUUGACAUCUCGAUCCUGCUCGCCGAAGCUAUUCGCAGGAUUCACAAUAAGGAAUCCAUGUCUUAUCUGUUUAGAAAUGUGACCCUGGAGGACUAAAUUGGAACCAAAUAUAUUGCAUUAUAAUUAUAUAACAUUGUUAGGAUGUGGUGUCAGAGAGUUUUUUUUUUUUGCUUUAUUUAGGUAUCAAACAAAACGUAGGCUUGCUAGGUUUAAGUUACUAUUGUUUCACUUUGUUGAAUUACGAUAAUUGUAAGGUAAUAAAGUUUAUUUCAAAAUGUACAA